CUGGGACAGUCUUUAAAGGGGAGCAGCCAGGACCGGGGAAGGCGUCUGCUGACACGGCGAGACGCUGCUCAUCAAAUAUUGAGCUUCAGCAACUUUGGCAGCUAUCUUGGAUGUCGGUUGCUCGCACACUCAAAUCGAAACCUACCUUGAUUAGAUAUUGAGAUUCAGCAACUUUGGCAGCUAUCUUGGUUGCUCGCACACUCAAAUCGAUACCUAACUUGAUUAGGUGAGUUUGACCGAGAUGGGGCCCAUUAAUCAAAACACUGAGAUGAAACAAAACGGCCACACUAAAUCUUAUGGCCCCGUGGCAGGCGUUUAUCUGGAGGCAACCAAGGAGAAGAUGACCAUAUACCAAGCCAUGAAAAAACGCCUGCUCAAAGCAGGAACGGCCUUGGCCCUGCUUGAAGCACAAGCCGCCACGGUGGGCAUCGUGGACCCGAUCAACAAUCGAACACUUCCUGUGGCCGAUGCUGUCAAAGAGGAGCUAAUUGGACCCGAGAUGAAGGAGAAGCUCCUCAUGGCGGAAAAAGCCGUCACUGGUUACGUGGAUCCCUACACCAACGGAACCAUAUCUUUGUUCCAAGCUAUGCGGAAAGAUUUAGUUCCAAGAGAUCAUGGCUUGAAGCUCCUGGAAGCCCAGGUAUCCACUCACGGCCCGUUUGAUCCCAUUCUGAAGACGCAUAUUCCUGUUGACUUGGCCAUUCAGAGAGGUUACUAUGAAAAAGGUCUGCUGGACGACCAGAUGGCAGAGUUAAAGGUGUUCUACGAUCCGAGUACACAAGAACAUGUGAGCUACACAAAGCUCUUGGAGAAAUGCAUUGUUGAACCUGAGACGGGCAUGAUCCUUCUACCUGUCUUCAUCAUUUUUAAAGGUCUGAGACGAGGCAUUUCCUCCACAAAACUUUUUGAGUCCAACAUCAUCGACAAAGACAUUUACGAUGACCUGCAGAAGGGGAAGACCACAACCCAAGACGUGAUGCUGAUAGAGGCAGUGAGGGAAUACCUUGAAGGUAAAGGAAGCAUUGCAGGCAUCGCAAUACUUUCCACCGGUCAGAGAAUGAGCAUUUAUGAGGCAAUGAAGAAACGCAUACUGAUGCCUGGAACAGCACUGGUUCUACUGGAGGCACAGGCUUCAACUGGAUUCCUGACUGAUCCCAUCGAAAAUAAAAAAUUCACAGUGGCACAGGCUGUAAAGAACAAACUUGUGGGUCCAGAACAUUACGCUAAACUCCUCUCUGCUGAACGAGCGGUAACCGGAUACAAAGACCCGUACACAGGCGGAACCAUUUCCCUGUUUCAAGCCCUUUCAAAAGAUCUCAUCCUUAAGACACACGGGAUCCGCCUACUUGAGGCACAAAUCGCCACCGGUGGAAUUAUUGACCCGAUUAACAGCCACAGACUUCCCACAGAGGUGGCCUUUAAAAGAGGCUGUUUCGAUGAAGAAAUGAACGCCAUACUUGAGGAUUCCGGCGACGACACCAAGGGAUUUUUUGAUCCAAACACAGAGGAGAACCUAACUUAUCUGCAGCUGAUGGAGAGGUGUGUCAUUGAUCCUGUCACUGGACUUUGUCUCUUACCGAUCCACGGCAGGUCUGAUGGACUGAAUUUCAGCUUCAUUGACUACCAAACAAAGAUGGUUUUGAAAAAGAAAAAGGUGAGCGUGACAUGUGGCAAGUACAUGGGAAUGACUGUAUCACUAUGGGAACUGCUGAUGUCCGAAUACCUAAACGAAGAGCAGAGGAAAGACAUCAUAUGGAAGUACGUACAGAAGACGCUCACUAUCGAGACAAUUAUCACAACUGUUCUGGAAAUCAUAGAGACGUCUGUAAAAACAACUAAGGUUUUCUUUGAAGGCAUCAGAGAAACUGUCACCGCGAAACAGCUGGUGGAGGCUGAAAUCAUUAGCAAGGAUGUCCUUGAUGACCUGAAAAAAGGAAAGAAGUCUGUCAAGGAAGUCAUAGAAGACCAAAACAUAAGUGUGUACCUUCAGGGGAAAGACAGCAUUGCAGGUGUUCUUCUUCCUGACUCCCAAAUUCUGACUAUUUACCAGGCCAGGCAAAAGGGGAAAUUGAUGCCUGGAACAGCUCUGGUUUUACUUGAGGCACAAGCAGCAACAGGGUUCCUUAUUGAUCCCAUUGGAAACAGAAAGUUCUCCGUUGAUGAGGCGGUCAAAGCUAAGGUUGUCGGUGCUGAUGUGUGCCAAAAGUUACGCUCUGCAGAGAAAGCAGUGACAGGCUACAAAGACCCGGGCGAUGGCAAAACAAUCUCUUUGUUCCAAGCCAUGCAAAAAGGCCUUAUCCUACAAGAUCAUGGAAUUCGACUCCUGGAGGCCCAAAUUGCCACCGGUGGGAUCAUUGACCCGGUUAACAGCCAUCGCAUUCCAAUCCAUGUCGCCUAUAGGCGUGGAUAUUUUAAUGAGGAGAUGAAUGAGAUCCUGAGUGAUCCUAGUGAUGACACCAAAGGGUUUUUUGACCCCAACACCCACGAGAAUCUCACGUACUUGCAGCUCAUGUCCAGAUGUGUCACAGACGCCAGCACAGGACUCUGCCUGCUGCCACUCAAAGGCAGAAGUAACAAAAUAAACAUAGAUGACACCAUGAAGGAGCUAUUUAGAAAGACAACUGUCUCUGUCAGGUAUGGACGAUUCAAGGGCAAGCAUACAACUCUUUGGGAUCUUAUCAAUUCAGAGUAUCUAGGAGAGGAAAAAAGGCAGGAGUUUUUCAAACUCUUCAAAUCAAGGAAAGUAACAGUUGAGGAAAUUAGCGUGCUUAUUUUAGGCAUCAUUGAGAGCAAGGAGAUAAAACAGCAAGCGGGAUUAAGCUUCAAAUCCCUGAGGGGAGAGGUUUCUGUGGUGGAUCUUUUAGAGCUUGAAAUAGUGGAUGAAAAAACAUACAGUCGCUUGAUCGAUGAAAAGAUUAGGAGCACCGAUGUGCUGAAAAUGGAAAGCGUGCAAUCUUACCUACAAGGGACAAGUUGUGUGGCCGGGGUGAUACUGCAGCCCUCCAAUCAGAAGCUAACCAUCUACGAGGCCCAGAGAAAUGCUAUCCUGACACCCGGCACUGCUCUGUGCCUUCUGGAAGCACAAGCAGCAACAGGUUUCAUUGUUGAUCCUCUGGCAAACAAAAAGUUCACAGUGGAACAAGCGCUAAGGGAGAAGUUAAUUUGCCCACAGAUGUAUGAAAAGCUCUUGUCAGCAGAGAAGGCGGUCACUGGUUACGUCGACCCAUACAAUGGCCAAAAGAUUUCUCUUUUCCAAGCCUUGAAGAAAGACCUUGUAGUAAAAGAACAUGGCAUUCGUUUACUUGAGGCUCAAAUUGCCACAGGUGGAAUCAUUGAUCCUUUAAAGUGUCUUCAUCUACCUCUUGAUGUUGCAUACAGGAAAGGAUAUUUUGAUGAAGAGCUUAAUCAAACUCUAUUGGACCCGACUGAUGACACAAAAGGAUUUUUUGACCCAAACACCAAAGAGAAUCUGACAUACUUGGACAUGUUAGGUAGGUGCAUAAAAGAUAAAGAAACUGGAUUGUUCCUCUUGCCGAUUGCUGUCACACCAAAAGCGUCAACGACAAACGUGAAGUCGUACACCGACAGACAGAUUAAACAAGAGUUUGACGAGACAACUGUGAGCAUAUCAGUCGGACGCUAUGCAGGGAAAUCUGUUUCUCUGUGGGACUUGCUCCACUCUGGCUACUUCACUGAAGAACAUCGCUUUGAACUGAUUGAUACAUUCAGAGCAAGAAAGGUUAGCAUUCAAACCCUAAUUACAAUCGUCAGGUCCACAAUUGAAAAACUGGUUAGGAGUGAAACUCCAAAAACGAUCAUGGGUCUAAGAAAGCAUGUUUCUGCCAAACAACUUCUAGACUCUGGUAUUAUUAACGCUAUUACAUUCAAAAAGAUUAACGAAGAGCAAGUGUCUUUUGAAGGAGUUGCCAAACGGGAUUGUGUGAGACGAUACCUGAAUGGAACCGCCAGCAUUGCUGGAAUUAGGAUGUAUCCGUCCCAGACUGUUGUAAGCAUAUAUGCUGCAAAAAGGGAUUGUGUGUUGACAAAUGGUGUGGCGCUUUUGCUGCUGGAAGCACAGGCAUCCACAGGUUGGAUAAUCGAUCCUACCAAAAACAAGUUUUACACUGUUGACCAAGCGGCACUUGAGGAGGUAAUUGGACCAGAUGUACAUGAGCAGCUUCUGGUAGCUGAACAAGCUGUCACUGGGUAUAAAGAUCCCUAUACUGACGCAUCAAUAUCUUUGUAUGAGGCUAUGAAUAACCAGCUGAUCCAAAGAAAAGAUGGCAUUCGCCUUCUUGAAGCACAAAUAGCAACAGGUGGAAUUAUAGACCCACAUAUGAGCAUCAGAGUACCUGCUAAUGUUGCAGUCCAAAACAGACUUCUGGAUGACGAACUCAAAAACCUUCUGCUGAAUUCCACCGAUGAAACAAAAGGACACUUUGACCCAAACACCAAAGAAAAAAUCUCCUACCUUGAGCUAAUGGAGAGAUGUGAAAAGGAUCCAAAAACGGGCCUGCUUCUUCUGCCAUUACAGACAGGUGAAUGCGACAUUGUUCACUCAGAAGAAAAAAUGCAGCUCGAGUUCAAAAACAAAACAUUUGUUAUGAAAACAUGGCUAUUCCAAAAGAAAGAAGUCACCCUAUGGGAAGCGUUAAUGUCUCAAUACGUCUCCCAACAAAGAAGAGACCAGCUUAUACAACAAUAUAAGACUGGUACCAUGACAAUUGAUGAAUUAAUUGAAGUACUCACAGUCAUCAUUACAGAGGUGUCAUCCAAAGAAAGAAGUUUCAAAGGACUAAGGAAGCAUGUCACUGCAAGUGAGUUGUUUGAAUCCAAAAUCAUCUCAAAGGAGCUUUUUACACGGAUUAUAAAUGGGGAAGUGACCGAAGAGAAUGUCAACAAAAUGGAAUCCAUUCAGAAGUAUCUUGGAGCUACAAAUUGUAUAGCCGGUGUCAGAGUUGAGUCUACAAAAAAAGUUAUGAGCAUAUACGAAGCACAGACAAGAGGCCUGCUGACCCCUGGUACUUCUCUUGUACUCUUGGAAGCCCAAGCUGCCACUGGCUUUGUCAUUGACCCAGUCAACAACAAGAAACUUUCAGUAGAAGAAGCUGUUGCUCAGAGAGUGGUCGGCAACGAGUGGAAAAACAAACUACUCUCAGCAGAACAAGCAGUCACAGGAUACAAAGACCCCUACACUGGUGGGAAAAUUUCCUUAUUCCAGGCAUUGAAUAAGAAUCUCAUUGUCAAAGAUCAUGGAAUUCGUCUCCUUGAAGCUCAAAUUGCCACCGGAGGCAUCAUUGACCCAAUAUACAGUCACAGAGUGCCUGUGCAGGUGGCAUAUGAAAGAGGCUACUUUGACGAGGAAAUGAACCAAAUUUUGUCCGACCCAGAUGACGACACCAAAGGCUUAUUUGAUCCCAACACAAAUGAGAACCUUACCUACCUCCAACUGAUAGAGAGGUGUGUCACAGACCCCAUCACUGGACUUAAUUUGCUAUCCAUUGUAAAGAAAGGGGAGUUCUAUUUCUUUGUUGACGAGGCAACAAAACUCAUUCUGAAAUCAACAACAACCACCAAAGCAGGAGAUAAGUACCAAGGAAUGACAGUCUCGCUGUGGGAACUGCUGUACUCUAGAUACAUAACUGAGGAGAGAAGGCGAGAACUUGUGCAGCAGUACAAGUCCGGAGCAAUCACAAUCCAACGUUUCUUGGAGAUCAUUUUGAUGAUUAUUCAGCAGCAGACCACCACCACUACCUCAUCAUCAGCAGUCACAUGUCUGACUCAGGAAACAACAGUGGACAACAGCACCAUAGAAACCACAAUCAGCACCAGAGUUACAGAGACAACAGACAUGGAAAGUUUUCAAGGAAUAAGGAAGGAUGUCAGUGCUACAGAGUUGCUUAAAUCAAAAAUCAUCGGUGAAGAAAUCUACAAAGAUCUAAAUGCAGGAAAAAUCACUGUGCAGGAAGUUAGUCAAAUGCGAUCCGUCCGCAAGUACCUGGAGGGGACCAACAGCAUUGCAGGAGUAUACUUGCAGUCAACCAAGGAGACCCUAAGCAUAUAUGAAGCCAAAUCCAGAGGCCUGCUUACCCCUGGUACAUCUCUGGUUCUGCUAGAAGCCCAAGCUGCCACUGGCUUUGUUAUUGACCCAGUCAACAACAAGAAACUUUCAGUAGAAGAAGCUGUUGCUCAGAGAGUGGUCGGCAACGAGUGGAAAAACAAACUACUCUCAGCAGAACGAGCAGUCACAGGAUAUAGAGACCCUUACACUGAAGGCACCAUAUCUUUGUUCCAGGCGCUGAAAAAAGACCUGAUAGUCAAGGAUCAUGGAAUUCGUCUCCUUGAAGCUCAAAUUGCCACAGGAGGCAUCAUCGACCCAGUAAACAGUCACAGAGUGCCUGUGCAGGUGGCAUAUGAAAGAGGCUACUUUGACGAAGAAAUGAACCAAAUUUUGUCCGACCCAGAUGACGACACCAAGGGCUUUUUCGAUCCCAACACACAAGAGAACCUCACCUAUCUCCAACUGAUAGAGAGGUGUGUCACAGACCCCAUCACUGGUCUGAGUCUGCUGGUUAUUGUGAAGAAAGGGGAGUUUUACUUCUUUGUUGACGAAGCCACAAAACACAUUCUGAAAUCGACAACAACCACCAAAGCAGGAGAGGAGUACCAAGGAAUGACAGUCUCGCUGUGGGAACUGCUCUACUCCAGAUACAUAACUGAGGAGAGAAGGCGAGAACUUGUGCAGCAGUACAAGUCCGGAGCAAUCACAAUCCAACAUUUUUUGGAGAUCAUAUUGAUGAUUAUUCAACAGCAGACCACCACCUCAACAUCAGCAGUCACAUGUCUGACUCAAGAAACAACAGUGGACAGCAGCACCAUAGAAACCACAAUCAGCACCACAGUUACAGAGACAACAGACAUGGAAAGUUUUCAAGGAAUAAGGAAGGAUGUCAGUGCUACAGAGUUGCUUAAAUCAAAAAUUAUUGGUGAAGAAAUCUACAAAGAUCUAAAUGCAGGAAAAGUCACUGUGCAGGAAGUUAGUCAAAUGCGAUCCGUCCGCAAGUACCUGGAGGGGACCAACAGCAUUGCAGGAGUAUACUUGCAGUCAACCAAGGAGACCCUAAGCAUAUAUGAAGCCAAAUCCAGAGGCCUGCUGACCCCUGGUACAUCUCUGGUUCUGCUAGAAGCCCAAGCUGCCACUGGCUUUGUCAUUGACCCAGUCAACAACAAGAAACUUUCAGUAGAAGAAGCUGUUGCUCAGAGAGUGGUUGGCAACGAGUGGAAAAAAAAACUGCUAUCAGCAGAACGAGCAGUCACAGGAUACAGAGACCCUUACACUGAAGGCACCAUAUCUUUGUUCCAGGCUCUGAAAAAAGACCUGAUAGUCAAGGAUCAUGGAAUUCGUCUCCUCGAAGCUCAAAUUGCCACAGGAGGCAUCAUCGACCCAGUAAACAGUCACAGAGUGCCUGUGCAGGUGGCAUAUGAAAGAGGCUACUUUGACGAAGAAAUGAACCAAAUUUUGUCCGACCCAGAUGACGACACCAAGGGCUUUUUCGACCCCAACACACAAGAGAACCUUACCUAUCUCCAACUGAUAGAGAGGUGUGUCACAGACCCCAUCACUGGUCUGAGUCUGCUGGUUAUUGUGAAGAAAGGGGAGUUCUACUUCUUUGUUGACGAAGCCACAAAACACAUUCUGAAAUCGACAACAACCACCAAAGCAGGAGAGGAGUACCAAGGAAUGACAGUCUCGCUGUGGGAACUGCUCUACUCCAGAUACAUAACUGAGGAGAGAAGGCGAGAACUUGUGCAGCAGUACAAGUCCGGAUCAAUCACGAUCCAGCGUUUCUGGGAAAUAAUCUUUAUGAUUAUUCAGCAGCAGACCACCACCACCAACUCAUCAUCAGCAGUCACAGGUCUGACUCAAGAAACAACAGUGGACAGCAGCACCAUAGAAACCACAAUCAGCACCACAGUUACAGAGACCACAGACAUGGAAAGUUUUCAAGGAAUAAGGAAGGAUGUCAGUGCUACUGAGUUGCUUAAAUCAAAAAUCAUCGGUGAAGAAAUCUACAAAGAUCUAAAUGCAGGAAAAGUCACUGUGCAGGAAGUUAGUCAAAUGCGAUCCGUCCGCAAGUACCUGGAGGGGACCAACAGCAUUGCAGGAGUAUACUUGCAGUCAACCAAGGAGACCCUAAGCAUAUAUGAAGCCAAAUCCAGAGGCCUGCUGACCCCUGGUACAUCUCUGGUUCUGCUAGAAGCCCAAGCUGCCACUGGCUUUGUCAUUGACCCAGUCAACAACAAGAAACUUUCAGUAGAAGAAGCUGUUGCUCAGAGAGUGGUUGGUAACGAGUGGAAAAACAAACUGCUAUCAGCAGAACGAGCAGUCACAGGAUACCGAGACCCUUACACUGAAGGCACCAUAUCUUUGUUCCAGGCUCUGAAAAAAGACCUGAUAGUCAAGGAUCAUGGAAUUCGUCUCCUUGAAGCUCAAAUUGCCACCGGAGGCAUCAUCGACCCAGUAAACAGUCACAGAGUGCCUGUGCAGGUGGCAUAUGAAAGAGGCUACUUUGACGAAGAAAUGAACCAAAUUUUGUCCGACCCAGAUGAUGACACCAAGGGCUUUUUCGAUCCCAACACACAAGAGAACCUCACCUAUCUCCAACUGAUAGAGAGGUGUGUCACAGACCCCAUCACUGGUCUGAGUCUGUUGGUUAUUGUGAAGAAAGGGGAGUUCUACUUCUUUGUUGACGAAGCCACAAAACACAUUCUGAAAUCGACAACAACCACCAAAGCAGGAGAGGAGUACCAAGGAAUGACAGUCUCGCUGUGGGAACUGCUCUACUCCAGAUACAUAACUGAGGAGAGAAGGCGAGAACUUGUGCAGCAGUACAAGUCCGGAGCAAUCACAAUCCAACGUUUCUUGGAGAUCAUAUUGAUGAUUAUUCAACAGCAGACCACCACCUCAACAUCAGCAGUCACAUGUCUGACUCAAGAAACAACAGUGGACAGCAGCACCAUAGAAACCACAAUCAGCACCACAGUUACAGAGACAACAGACAUGGAAAGUUUUCAAGGAAUAAGGAAGGAUGUCAGUGCUACAGAGUUGCUUAAAUCAAAAAUUAUUGGUGAAGAAAUGUACAAAGAUCUAAAUGCAGGAAAAGUCACUGUGCAGGAAGUUAGUCAAAUGCGAUCCGUCCGCAAGUACCUGGAGGGGACCAACAGCAUUGCAGGAGUAUACUUGCAGUCAACCAAGGAGACCCUAAGCAUAUAUGAAGCCAAAUCCAGAGGCCUGCUGACCCCUGGUACAUCUCUGGUUCUGCUAGAAGCCCAAGCUGCCACUGGCUUUGUCAUUGACCCAGUCAACAACAAGAAACUUUCAGUAGAAGAAGCUGUUGCUCAGAGAGUGGUUGGCAACGAGUGGAAAAAAAAACUGCUAUCAGCAGAACGAGCAGUCACAGGAUACAGAGACCCUUACACUGAAGGCACCAUAUCUUUGUUCCAGGCUCUGAAAAAAGACCUGAUAGUCAAGGAUCAUGGAAUUCGUCUCCUCGAAGCUCAAAUUGCCACGGGAGGCAUCAUCGACCCAGUAAACAGUCACAGGGUGCCUGUGCAGGUGGCAUAUGAAAGAGGGUACUUUGACGAAGAAAUGAACCAAAUUUUGUCCGACCCAGAUGACGACACCAAGGGCUUUUUCGAUCCCAACACACAAGAGAACCUCACCUAUCUCCAACUGAUAGAGAGGUGUGUCACAGACCCCAUCACUGGUCUGAGUCUGCUGGUUAUUGUGAAGAAAGGGGAGUUCUACUUCUUUGUUGACGAAGCCACAAAACACAUUCUGAAAUCGACAACAACCACCAAAGCAGGAGAGGAGUACCAAGGAAUGACAGUCUCGCUGUGGGAAUUGCUCUACUCCAGAUACAUAACUGAGGAGAGAAGGCGAGAACUUGUGCAGCAGUACAAGUCCGGAUCAAUCACGAUCCAGCGUUUCUGGGAAAUAAUCUUGAUGAUUAUUCAGCAGCAGACCACCACCACCAACUCAUCAUCAGCAGUCACAUGUCUGACUCAAGAAACAACAGUGGACAGCAGCACCAUAGAAACAACAAUCAGCACCACAGUUACAGAGACCACAGACAUGGAAAGUUUUCAAGGAAUAAGGAAGGAUGUCAGUGCUACUGAGUUGCUUAAAUCAAAAAUCAUCGGUGAAGAAAUCUACAAAGAUCUAAAUGCAGGAAAAGUCACUGUGCAGGAAGUUAGUCAAAUGCGAUCUGUCCGCAAGUACCUGGAGGGGACUAACAGCAUUGCAGGAGUAUACUUGCAGUCAUCCAAGGAGACCCUAAGCAUAUAUGAAGCCAAAUCCAGAGGCCUGCUUACCCCUGGUACAUCUCUGGUUCUGCUAGAAGCCCAAGCUGCCACUGGCUUUGUCAUUGACCCAGUCAACAACAAGAAACUUUCAGUAGAAGAAGCUGUUGCUCAGAGAGUGGUUGGUAACGAGUGGAAAAACAAACUGCUAUCAGCAGAACGAGCAGUCACAGGAUACCGAGACCCUUACACUGAAGGCACCAUAUCUUUGUUCCAGGCUCUGAAAAAAGACCUGAUAGUCAAGGAUCAUGGAAUUCGUCUCCUCGAAGCUCAAAUUGCCACGGGAGGCAUCAUCGACCCAGUAAACAGUCACAGGGUGCCUGUGCAGGUGGCAUAUGAAAGAGGCUACUUUGACGAAGAAAUGAACCAAAUUUUGUCCGACCCAGAUGACGACACCAAGGGCUUUUUCGAUCCCAACACACAAGAGAACCUCACCUAUCUCCAACUGAUAGAGAGAUGUGUCACAGACCCCAUCACUGGUCUGAGUCUGCUGGUUAUUGUGAAGAAAGGGGAGUUCUACUUCUUUGUUGACGAAGCCACAAAACACAUUCUGAAAUCGACAACAACCACCAAAGCAGGAGAGGAGUACCAAGGAAUGACAGUCUCGCUGUGGGAAUUGCUCUACUCCAGAUACAUAACUGAGGAGAGAAGGCGAGAACUUGUGCAGCAGUACAAGUCCGGAUCAAUCACGAUCCAGCGUUUCUGGGAAAUAAUUUUGAUGAUUAUUCAGCAGCAGACCACCACCACCAACUCAUCAUCAGCAGUCACAUGUCUGACUCAAGAAACAACAGUGGACAGCAGCACCAUAGAAACAACAAUCAGCACCACAGUUACAGAGACCACAGACAUGGAAAGUUUUCAAGGAAUAAGGAAGGAUGUCAGUGCUACUGAGUUGCUUAAAUCAAAAAUCAUCGGUGAAGAAAUCUACAAAGAUCUAAAUGCAGGAAAAGUCACUGUGCAGGAAGUUAGUCAAAUGCGAUCUGUCCGCAAGUACCUGGAGGGGACCAACAGCAUUGCAGGAGUAUACUUGCAGUCAACCAAGGAGACCCUAAGCAUAUAUGAAGCCAAAUCCAGAGGCCUGCUUACCCCUGGUACAUCUCUGGUUCUGCUAGAAGCCCAAGCUGCCACUGGCUUUGUCAUUGACCCAGUCAACAACAAGAAACUUUCAGUAGAAGAAGCUGUUGCUCAGAGAGUGGUUGGCAACGAGUGGAAAAACAAACUACUCUCAGCAGAACGAGCAGUCACAGGAUACAGAGACCCUUACACUGAAGGCACCAUAUCUUUGUUCCAGGCUCUGAAAAAAGACCUGAUAGUCAAGGAUCAUGGAAUUCGUCUCCUUGAAGCUCAAAUUGCCACAGGAGGCAUCAUCGACCCAGUAAACAGUCACAGGGUGCCUGUGCAGGUGGCAUAUGAAAGAGGCUACUUUGACGAAGAAAUGAACCAAAUUUUGUCCGACCCAGAUGAUGACACCAAGGGCUUUUUCGAUCCCAACACACAAGAGAACCUCACCUAUCUCCAACUGAUAGAGAGGUGUGUCACAGACCCCAUCACUGGUCUGAGUCUGCUGGUUAUUGUGAAGAAAGGAGAGUUCUACUUCUUUGUUGACGAAGCCACAAAACACAUUCUGAAAUCGACAACAACCACCAAAGCAGGAGAGGAGUACCAAGGAAUGACAGUCUCGCUGUGGGAACUGCUCUACUCCAGAUACAUAACUGAGGAGAGAAGGCGAGAACUUGUGCAGCAGUACAAGUCCAGAGCAAUCACAAUCCAACGUUUCUUGGAAAUAAUCUUGAUGAUUAUUCAGCAGCAGACCACCACCUCAUCAUCAGCAGUCACAGGUCUGACUCAAGAAACAACAGUGGACAGCAGCACCUUAGAAACCACAAUCAGCACCACAGUUACAGAGACAACAGACAUGGAAAGUUUUCAAGGAAUAAGGAAGGAUGUCAGUGCUACAGAGUUGCUUAAAUCAAAAAUCAUCAGUGAAGACAUCUACAAAGAUCUAAAUGCAGGAAAAGUCACUGUGCGGGAAGUUAGUCAAAUGCAAUCUGUCCGCAAGUACCUGGAGGGGACCAACAGCAUUGCAGGAGUAUACUUGCAGUCAACCAAGGAGACCCUAAGCAUAUAUGAAGCCAAAUCCAGACACAGGCUGCCCCCUGGUACAUCUCUGGUUCUGCUAGAAGCCCAAGCUGCCACUGGCUUUGUUAUUGACCCAGUCAACAACAAGAAACUUUCAGUAGAAGAAGCUGUUGCUCAGAGAGUGGUCGGCAAAGAGUGGAAAAACAAACUACUCUCAGCAGAACGAGCAGUCACAGGAUACAGAGACCCUUACACUGAAGGCACCAUAUCUUUGUUCCAGGCUCUGAAAAAAGACCUGAUAGUCAAGGAUCAUGGAAUUCGUCUCCUUGAAGCUCAAAUUGCCACAGGAGGCAUCAUCGACCCAGUAAACAGUCACAGAGUGCCUGUGCAGGUGGCAUAUGAAAGAGGCUACUUUGACGAAGAAAUGAACCAAAUUUUGUCCGACCCAGAUGACGACACCAAGGGCUUUUUCGAUCCCAACACACAAGAGAACCUUACCUAUCUCCAACUGAUAGAGAGGUGUGUCACAGACCCCAUCACUGGACUUAUCCUACUCCCCUUGUACAAGUAAAGAGCACCGUAGUCCUUGGUGCUUAAUAUCUUGUUUGAUAUCUUAAUCUGUAUUGUGGCAAGCAUAUGUUGUCUACCCAAGCCUUUAUAACGUUUGAUUAGACUGUGAAUUUUUUUUUAACUUCCUCAACUUUGACAAUCUUUUUUUUUCAUUUAAGUUUGUGUUUUAGUGACAUACAGAGAACCAUAAUCUACGCCUUUACCAGCAACGUAAUUCAUUCCUAAUACGUUGAGAAAUGACUGAGUUCUAACCUGCAUUUUAAGUUUUACCCGACCUGUUCUUUAAGUUGUUGAAAAAAGUGAUCAAAUAAAUGACUUUGAGAGCUA